GUUUCUUCUUUUUCAGUGGUACUAAACGGCCAAUCAGGAAAUCAAUUUAAAGGGUUUAUGUUACAAGCAAGUCAAGUCGGAUCAACUACUUCCAUUGGCACUUUUAAUGUGGUAGACAAUAAUGCGCAGCUCCUCAACUGCGAUGGAACUGCUAAUAGCGCAGUCUCUCACACAUCAGCCACUUCAAAAAGUUCAGUUCAAGCUAAAUGGACCGCGCCUACGUCUGGACAGAUCGGCAAUAUAGAAUUCAGAGCAACAUUUGUGAAAACGACUGAUACUUUUUGGGUUGGUGUCAAGAGCUCUACCGUGGCAUAUACAGGAACAGUAACUCCGACUGUUCCAUCAAAUCCUGAUUGUGGGAAUACCAAAGUCUGCUACAGUCAGCCCAGCAACUGUGACCCAACUGCCAACGCAGGCUGCUACUUCAUGGCAGUUCAGAGAUCCUCUGAUCAAUCAGAAAUGAGGAUUGAAAUGUUUGGGCAAGCUGAUGGAUACAUUGCUAUUGGGUUUUCGGAUGACCAGGCAAUGGGCAAUGACGACAUCUACAUCUGUGGUAAGGACAGCAGCGGCAAGCUCCAAGUGCAACAUGCUAUUUCCACAGGGAAAACAGCUCCAACUAUUCUCUCACUGGGGAAUGUGACUGAUAUCAAGACAACGCUAAUGAAUGGAAAUACUAUCAAUUGUUCUUUUACGUCCCGUAACGCGAUUAGCACGAGUGUUAGAGCAUUGUCCACUAGCGAGUACUACCUCAUGAUUGCUUCCGGAUCCUCCAAUCAAGGUAACAUCCUGAUCCAUUCAAAUAAAUAUGUCAGUAGCACAAAGGCUAAUUUACAGGACCCAAGCCAGGUUGUUACAAGUGCUGAAGAAUUCCCAGCGAUUGUUAAAGCACACGGUUGCCUGAUGUUAAUCUCCUGGAUGACCACGGGCAGUAUUGGGAUGCUCAUAGCACGCUAUUUAAAGGGAGUUGCCAAGGACCACGGUUGCUUCGGUAAAGAUUUCUGGUUUAUGGCCCACGUGUCUCUGAUGGUCCUGUCAGUCAUCGCCACAGCCAUCGCAUUCAUACUGGUGUUUUCUUAUGCCCAGGAUUGGAGUGGGGGGGCUCAUCCGGUCCUGGGCUGUUUGGUGAUGAUCCUCAGUCUUAUUCAGCCCAUAGUUGCUGCUUUCCGUUGUGAGCCGAGUCAUGAACGGAGGUUUGUUUUUAACUGGGCCCAUUCUUUCAUUGCUUUAGCUAUCAAAGGCCUUGCAGUGGCUGCGAUUUUCACUGGUCUGGCACUGUUUGAAGGAAAUGAGGAGGAUAAAUGGAUGUUAAAAGUCAUGGGAGGUUUUGUUGCCUGGGAGGCCCUGACAUACAUUCUUCAAGAUCUGAACCUGCGGGCCAGGAAAAAUGAUUCUGAGAUUUGCAGUUUUGGAUCGAGGAGACCUGAAACAGUCCUGCUUCUCCUGUAUUUAUUGGGAAACCUGGCCUUCUUAAUAGCACUUCUUGUUGGAAUUGGAAGAACUUAAAUAACCAACAUUGUGUGGCCCUUCAUCACUGGUUCUGAGGCCACUCUUUGGCUCUUGUGCUGUAGUGUUCAGUCCAGUAGAAUCUCAACAUGAUUUUUUUGCUUGUUAUUUUUAGUUAAUAUUGCAUUCUUUCCAAUUAGAGUUUCACCACUGUGCCUUUGAGCAAGGAACAGUUACUAUACAAUGUGUUAUUCAUGAUGGAAAAACAAUAGUUAAAAUGAUCUCAGGAUUUAAA